UUGCGCAUGCGCUUUGCAUCACUAUGACGUGGAUAGCUGCGUGUUUGUGCGUUCUUGUGUUAGGAAUGUACCAGAUAAUUAUCGGACAAACUUUAAAUCCAGACUCUGAAAGAAAAUUGUUGGGCUGUAACGUGACCGGAGAAUGGCACAGUGAGCUCGGCUCGCAGCUGCAGCUCAGCGCCGCUGGACCGGAAGUGAGAGGCGUGUACCGGACGGCAGUGGAGAGCGCGCGCGGGGCGGCGGGUCCGAGCCGCGAGGCCAGAGUGGUCGGGGUGAUCAGUGACGGUCCGCAGCCCACCAUCGCAUUUUCUGUGCUGUGGGCGAAAGGAUCGUGCACUACCUGGGUGGGUCAGUGUUUCAUUUUACCAGGAGGUGUUCAGGUCCUGAAAACGCUGUGGAUGCUGCGCUCUGCUGCUGAGAGCUCCAUGGACAACUGGGACAACACCAGGUUGGGAGAGGACCAGUUCAUUUGCGCACGAGGUGUGGAAAGUCUAUAACGGCUCUUGGUUUAUCAGCAUUCUUGGGGUUCAUCAGUUGAUGUGUAUGAAAGAAUAGACGCAUCCUGCUGAUAGAUGAGUUGACCUUUGGGUUUAUCACUUCUACAUCAUCCCAGUUCAAUAAACACAGUCCCACAGUG